AUAAUGUUCCAAAGUUCAAUGACAUAUAAUUUGUUAUGUAAGUUAUAUGGAUAUAACAAGUAUGUAACGAUAUUAAACAAACUUUCCGCAAAAUGUCGAUAUUUAGAGACGGAGCAUUAUUAGCGGCUGGAGGGUCAGCGGGUUUGUCCCUUCUAGCAUGGAGAACCCUGUUUCCGUGGAUAAAGUACGAUAUACAGACAAUGAAAGGAUUGAAGAACAUCGGAAAACAGAUGAACGACGAUAUUAUAAAUAAUCGUUUACUGAUUGACCACUUUGAAGCAUCCGUCAAAAGAUUUCCACAGAAGACUUAUAUAAUAUAUGAAGACAGAUGCUACUCAUUUGAAUAUGUCAACACUCAGGCAUGCAGAGUUGCAAAUAUAGUUAGGCAAUGGGGGCUAAAACAGGAGGAUUCAGUGUCAAUUCUUGUUCACAACAGUCCAGAUUAUAUUUGGACAUUUCUUGGUUUAUUGAAAUUGGGUAUAAUAGCAACGUUAUUAAAUACAAACGCUCGAGGCGAAACACUGAUCAACGGUAUGGAUGUUACUGAUACAAAAGCUGUAAUUGUAGGUCAAGGGGAAGAUCUUUAUGAUGCCGUCCAUGAGAUAAUGGAUGCAAUUGACGUACCAGUAUAUGUCAUGGGGAAAUUUCCGAGUGCUGAUAGUCGUUUCCGGUCUUGGGACAGUCUAAUGAUGCAGUCAUCACCGGCAGAUAUAUCCACAACUGUUCGAAGUCAUAUUGAUAUGUAUAGUCCUACUUCUUAUCUAUUCACAUCUGGUACAACAGGGCUACCAAAAGCAGCAAUUGCCCUGCAAGGAAAGCUUUCUCAGUGGGCUCUACUUUUUAGAUCAAUUGACGUUAAACCAGAUGACGUUGUAUAUGACGUACUACCAUUUUAUCAUGGAGUAGGUAUGACUGGAAUGUUGAGUGCAGCUAGUGUAGGUUGUUCAAUAGUCAUACGUAAGAAGUUUUCUGCGCACAAUUUUUGGGCGGAUUGUAGAAAAUAUAAAGUGACAAUUGUUCAGUAUAUCGGAGAAUUGUGCAGAUAUGUGUUAGCCGUACCGGAGGAUUCAAAAGACGGAAUUCACAACGUUCGAACUUUCAUUGGAAAUGGCUUGCGACAAGAUAUUUGGACUCUACUACAGAAACGGUUUAAGAUACCUAAAAUUAUUGAAUUCUUUGGUGCAAGUGAGGGCACUAGUGCAAUGGUAAAUCUAUGUAACAGACCAGGGGCUGUUGGAAGAAUAUCUCCAUUAAUGAACAGAUUGGAUCCUGCGCCUAAAUUCUUGGUGAAAUAUGAUGUUGUAACUGCAACACCGCUACGUGACAAGUCAGGACGAUGUAUAAAAGUACAAAUAGGAGAACCUGGCUUAUUUAUAUGUGGAAUUCCUGCCUUAAGUAACAUAGAAAAAGGUUUGUACAAAGGUAACAUGGAGAUGACCGAGAAAAAACUUGUACGUAACGUCUUCAAAGAAGGGGAUGCUUACUUCAACUUUGGUGACUCGUUGUAUUUAGAUAAGGAUUAUUUUGUUUAUUUCCAUGACCGAGUUGGUGACACAUUCAGAUGGAAAGGUGAGAAUGUAUCUACAACGGAAGUUGCCAAUAUAAUAACCGCAUUACCCUUCAUAUUAGAUGCUAAUGUAUAUGGAAUAACCGUUCCUGGUCAUGACGGACGAGCUGGGAUGGCAUCGCUGACCUUGAAUGAUAACGUGGAGUUGAGUGUAGAGAAGUUACACGCCAUUUACAAUCACUUAGAACAAAAAUUACCAAAAUAUGCAAGACCUAUUGUAUUAAGAUUGGAAGGAAAGAUGAGAACAACGGGAACCUUCAAGCAACAAAAAGGAGACUUAAUGAAAGAAGGAUUUGAUCCAAAUAUUGUAUCGGAUCCAAUGUUUUAUAUGUCAACAGAAGUAAAAACAUAUGUCCCCCUUGAUAAGGGAAGCUAUCAUCAUAUGCUUCAGUCCAAACUUUAACUUUAUCAUUGAAAAAAAUACAGAAAAUAUUAAAGCUUCUCUCGUAUAAUCAGCUUUGAAAAACUUAUGUAGAUUACGGAAAAGUGUUCACUUUUCAUCAUAAUGAUGUGCAUGUACCUUACUACCAAUGACACAAUCAUAUUUAUCACUGAUUGAUGCACUCUAAUUUUUUUCAUUUAUGUAUGGAAAAUUAAAAAUUGCUUGAGUUU